UUUCCAUUGGAGAGUUUCCUUCUAGUCAAGCAAGUGCUGCUCUCACUUCGUGUACCUGCGACCACAGAUCAGUACUUCCAACAUGCGUAACAUUUAUUUUAUGCUCGUAUUGGUCAUUGCCGCACUUGUGCCAGCAUGGUCGUACCACCUUCAGAAAAGGUCCCUGAAACUGAUUCGAGUGCAGUGCAACCUGCCUUCAUUCCACUUGUACAGGAUCCGCUUUAUUGAACAAGCUAAGGACGAAGGGGACACUGAAGACGACGACCACGGUGACGACAGCACCGAUGACGUCGACGGGGACGACAAUGCCGAGACUGGCGGUGAAAGUGACGAAAGCGAAGAAGACACUACCCCCACCGAUGCUCCUUUUACCACUCCUCUUAUACUAUCCACGGAAUAUUCUGCGUCGACAAAGGAUACUACGGAAUCUACCGGUACAUAUGCAACUUCGACUAGCCCCUCUGAGCCAUCAAAGGAAGACUCGGAGAUCACGAAGUCUACCCUAGAAUGGACUAGUACCUAUGCGUAUCCAACCACUUCGUAUGUGCCAUCAUCACAGGAUGACUUGAAGUCGACACAGGCAGCUACUAAACCCAGUGACAGCUAUUCACCUGCGAUUCGUCCAUCUGCGCCAUCACAGGAAAACUCGACGUUCUCAAAGGAUUCAAUAGAUAGUACCAGUACUUAUUCAUCUUCAACAGUUUCUUAUGUGCCAACAGCACAGGAUGCCCCGAAGUCCACCAAGGUUGCCACAGUGCCAACCGGCGCUGGUGUAUCCUCUACUACUGCUUCUGGGCCAUAACAAGAUGACUCGAAGCCAUGACAGGCUCCCCGACAACCUAAAAUAGGAACAGAGG